AUGCUAACCUUUUUCAUUAUUAUGGCUGCUAUCACAGGUCUUGGCUCAUUUUUAUUAUUUCUUUUAAGUGAACCAUUAUCUGAGAAUAAAUGUUAGUAUUAAGAUUAAUUGCUUUUGUUGAAAGUUUAAAAUAAGGACAUAACUGCUGAUGAAAUAAGCCUUGAAAAUGCACAAAAUUAAUAAGACUCUAAAAAUACUAAUAAUACUUCUUUGAUAAAUUCUCAGGGUAUUAAACUAAAUUUAGAAGAUAUCGAUUAAUAGCUUCUUGAUAGUUAAAUUAGUAAUAAUCAAAUGAACAUGAAUAGUCCUUCAUUACCUUUGUAAAAACCAUAAAUAAAAGAUGAAAUUCAGAGUUAAAAUUAAGAAUAAAAUUAAAAUGAUAAUCAUUAAAAAGCACAAACUACUAUAAUUUAGUCUUUGACUCAGACUCUGAGACUAUUUAAAACUAGAAAAAUGCUUAUACUAUGCGCAUAUAUGAUACAAGCAAGAUUCACUAACUCAUUUUCCACUGGCAUUUUCUUUCCAAUGCUAAAUAAUACACUUAAUAAAACCAUGUCAAGCAAACAAUCAUAUGAGUAUUCCAUGUUUGUCCUUUCAAAUUUUGGCCUUGGGGAAAUAUUUGGAGCAAUAUCGAUAUCAUUUGUGAUUAAAUACUACAAAUCUAACAAAUUUGGCGUUCUAUACCACUUAAUUCUAUCUACAGCUGGCUAUGGCUUUCUCAUCGCUUACUCAGUUAUCUAUGAGUAUAAUGCUUUAGCUUAUCUUUUUGCAUUUAUAUUUGGCAUGAUGGAUGGAGCCUCAUGCACUCACAUAGGUAUUAUAUGUGGAUUUGAAUUUGGCUAAUUAAGUGCCACUGCUAUGGGUGUAAAUUUCAUGGUUAAACCUAUAUUCGGUUUUAUUGUGUUUUUAGUUGAAGGUCAAAUAAAUGCUAACAGUAGCAUUGAACUAACUAUAUUUUACUCAGUAACCUAUGUCAUCUGUUUGAUCUUGCUUUUGAUAAUGCUGAUAUUUUUUCCUUUCAAACCUUAUAACUGA